GUUUACCCUCACUUCCGGUUCAACGCACUGACUGACUUUGAUCAUGGAAACGGAAGAAAUUCGUGACAUAUCGCGUUAUGUUGAUGUGUUGAAGAAAGCUAAGUCAGAUAAUGAAAGAUUCGCUGCACUGUUAAUGAUUGCAAAAAUCAAGAAUGACAAGUGUGGUAUUGAAGAUAAAAAAGAAAUACUGGAAGCUGUAGGAAGCAAAUUCUUCUCCAGGCUUUUAAAGACAAAAAAUGUUCCUGAGGGUUGUCCACCUAAUAGCUACAAGUCAGUGGCACUGUCUGUCCUAUCUGCUCUCUGCAAUGAUCCACAAGUAGCUGAAAGUGCAGUCUUCAUAGAGAAUGUGACAUGUUUUAACAACUUGGUUCUUUUGAACCCAGGAGAGGAAGACAAGGAAGACCAGCAGUUAAUAGACGACACGUACGACUGCUUCAACAGCCUGUGUCAGUCCCUGUCCGGUAUGGAAGCCAUGCUGGAGGCCAAAACAGUCGCCUCCAUGUGUGAGGCAGUGGUCGCACAGAGCUAUGGAUCUUCCAAGGCCCAGGACGUCAUUUGUACGAUGGUGUCAUGUUUUGGGUCGGAGACGUGGGAUAAUUGCGCUCCAUCGUAUCACCGCUACCUGAGCUUCCUGGCAAAACAGUUCAUGGAGGAUGAGACAAUUACAAAGUUUGAGAUGUGUAAAACUCUUGUGUUCCUUUUAUCGGCGGCACCAAAUGAUAAGGAUGAGAUCAUUGAGCCUCCAUGGAUUCGUCCCAUUGUGAAAGGCCUGGAGAAUAUCCUCAGAAGUAAAAUAGGUUCGGACCAUCGUGAACUUGCCCUGAGACUGGCCUCAGCCAUGAUCCUGGUUUGUGGCAUCUACUCCAUGCAGCCACCCUACACCACUGACUUCAAGCUGUUCCUACUGACGACACACUUGUGUUGCGUAGAGGUGCGAAUGGUGCUGGAGGACCAGGAUCUUGCACAGGCAAACAACAAAGGGAGACUACUGUCCUCAUGCUACACCUUCCUGGAGAGUGUGAUCAAUCACCUGACCUCAGGCCCACCCCUUGACCUAGAUGAUCGACAGGUGAUGCAGCUUCACAGCGCCAUGGUGGGGGCUUUUGGCGCUGUGAUUCACUACUUGAAACGCAUCUCUGUGUCUACAGAAGUUCAGUGGAACAGUAUCAUGCUGGCAACUGUGAGAGUUCUGGGGGCGUGGCUGGCAGAGGAGACUUCAGCUCUACGGGAGGAAAUAUAUGAUCUCAUACCUUUCCUUGUGCAAGUCAGUAAAAUGUGUAUUCCACCAUCCAGAGAGACUCAAGAAAUAAAUAAGAAAACUCUGGAAAAUGGUUCAACAGAACCUGUCAUUGCUGAUAAACUGACUCAAGAAAGUAGUAUAGAUGACAGUAAGAAAGUUAUAGAUCUAGAAACAUGCUGUAGUGAAAGUAAAUUGAUAGUUACAAAUUUAAAUGGUGCAACUGAAGAAACAAGCUCAAAUAAUGCAGACAUUGUAAAAGAAUCUGUGAUAGAAAACCAUUUAGAUGGAACUCGAGAACAAACCACUGAAACCAAUCAUAAUGAAACAGAAUGCAAGAAGGCAAAAACCGUGACAUUUGAGAAGUUAGAAAAAGCGGAAAAAUGUGUUGAUGCAAAAAUGGGAUCUGAUGCCCAUUUGGAGAAAGAUGUAUUAACAGAAGAUGAGUUACAAGAGUUACACCUGAAGGUUGACAUUCUGCAUUACUUGUUACCGGGCUGGUGUCACCUGACAGCGGAGGAGGAGCCUCGACGACUGUUGCUAGGCAGCGGCGCCCUUGGUGUGCUUGAUCUGUACAUGUGGAGGCAGUGGGAGCGCCUUGUUGACCGAACGGCUAGUCCUGGUCAGACAUCAUCCUGCCUGAUGGUUUUGUGUAACAUCUUUCUCAACCUGGUAAUCGUGGAUCCUGGGCUGGUCACAGAGAACAAGGAGUUCUCUCACAUCCUGCUGCUCGUUGUCAAGGGCAUUCACAUCAUAGACUAUGACAGUGACUUCAUUGUAUUGUGGUCCAACUUUGUCACACUGGGACUGCUGUUAUUGAGAUCUCUGCACAAGACGGCUGGCGAUUUCUUGGAACCCGAGAGCAUAGAACGUUUCUUCCAGUCAACCAUUCGGUUCCUGAGUGGGGCCUACACAGCCAGACACAAGAAGAAGGGUUCAGUACUGGAUAUAUCAGAGGCCUACAAGAUUGUCUGGGAUCAGAUCUCACAGACGUGGUUCAUCAGCAUGCAAGCAUUUUCUGAGUGCAUUCCCAAAUACCAGGAGCUCCCAGGGCUGAUAUUGAAGGCAGGGUGGCUGCCGUCCUUGCUCAAGGUCAUUGCUGAUGUCAAAGCAAACACGGUAGCGGAGGAGACUAAGAGUUGUUUCCAGAUGCUGCUGACGGCUGUCGCCAAGGACAACAAAGCGGCACGAGCUGUGAUCAAGGAGAAAGGGGGAGAUAAUCUAGCUAGGUUCUUCAAAUCGAAAGAGCUGACCAAUUCACUCAAUUCUUAGUAAGCAGAACAAUAACAGCAUCAACUUGAAGAUAUCCUGCGGUAUGGAACCUGUGGUGGAAAAUCCAGAGUCGUCUGGUUUUGAUUGGUUAACAUUGGUGGAGUUCCAUGCAUUCUGUCAACAGACUGUCAACCGAAAUAACCGAAACUUGGUUUAAAGUCGGUUAAAAAAAAACAACACAUAAUGUCAGCUUGAUUAUCUAUUUACCAUCCCCUUCUUAUAACAAGUUAAACAAAAUACCAAUUACCUGGAGAUUUGUUUGAAGACAAGAAACAUUUUAAGAUACAAACCAUCCAACCUUACAGUUAUUAAUUGUCCGUUUACAUUGUAUGAAUAUAUAAGGACCAUAUGUUCUUUAUACACUUUUUAUGUGUGCAUUCAAACCAAUUCCUUUUAUAAUUAAAUGUAUAUUUUUUAGGAAUUUUGUAUAUUUUGUGAUUUGUUAUUUUUGAUGGUUUUGUGUUGUUAUUCUUUUCAUUUUUGAUACAUAAGUAUAUCUAAAGGUUUCAAAACCAAAAUAAUGAUCUUGUUUUGAAUGGUCUGUUUGUAAAUAACUAAAUAUCUGUAUUUUAAAGCUUUUUAUUCUAAUGGUUAUUAUUUUAUUAUAAAUAUUGGAGAAUGACCUGAAGAAAAUGGUUGAUUAGCUCCCUUCAUCUGUGAAGACAUUGAUGUUGUUUUUGGAUUUAUGUGUGUGCAGUGUCAUUUUGUAUUUCAAAUCAUGGUUGCUGUGAUUUUUUUAGCUCACUUGAGCACAUAGUGAUUAAGUUGAGCUGGUGUGAUCACCAUGUUUCUGCAGAGCCAGACAUUAAAUGUUAAGUCAUUUUGUCCAGUCAGACUAGUGCCCUAAGAUUUCACUUGUCCAGUCAAACUAGUGACCUAAGAUUUCACUUGUCCAGUCAAACUAGUGCCCUGAGAUUUCACUUGUCUAGUCAAACUAGUGCCCUAAGAUUUCACUUGUCCAGUCAAACUAGUGCCCUAAGAUUUCCCUUGUCCAGUCAAACUUGUGCUCGAAGAUUUCACUUGUCCAGUCAAACUAGUGCCCUAAGAUUUCACUUGCCCUGUCAGACUAGUGCCCAAAGAUUUCACUUGUCAAGUCAAACUAGUGCCCUAAGAUUUCACUUGUCCAGUCAAACUAGUGCCCUAAGAUUUCACUUGUCCAGUCAAACUAGUGCCCUAAGAUUACACAUGUCCACACCAACAAGUUUCUUGUCCUUACAUUUAAAUGUUAUGAAAUAUGCUAAGUUAGUUAAGGGGGCAAUUUUCCUUAUGGGGCUAUAGUGAAAACCCAUGAACACUGUAGAAGUCUUAUUUUUUGUCCGAUCUUGGUUAGAUCAUUUAUUCCAAUAAUUUCUGUGCCUAGUUUGAAAUCUUAUCUGGAUCUUAUCUGCUCAAAAGAAGGACCACCAGGGGACAGGCAAUUUUCCUUAUAGUAAAACCCUGUGAACACUAGAAAUCUAUAUAUUCGUUUGCAAUCAUGAAACUUGCUCAGAAAAUAGUGCUGAUGUCUCAGUUGAAUUGGGAAAUGGUUUUGAUCUGUUGAAAAAUAUGGCUGUCAGGGGGUGGGGGUGGGGCAGUUUACAUUUUAUGGCUAUAGUGAUGCGCAACCAGUUCAGUAAUGUUACGGUCCUCUGGUCACAGGUGAGCACCCUCCGGCCUUUGGCCCUCUUUUUAUAACUAUUGAAUAACUUCCUGUUGAACUGCGCAUAUAGAAAAUCAUUUAUCAUGUACAUAAAACAAUUUGUGUCUAUGUGAUUAAAAAUCGUGAUAUAAUAUUUACUUAAGGUUGAAUUAUAUCACAUGUCUGUUUGAUACAUGCCCAACUUAAAUGAAUUACACAGAAAUAGCAUUGUGUUUGUUCUAUGCAAUUAUGCCACCAUAGUAAACUAGUAAUAGAUAAGUAAGCAUGUGCUAAACAUUUUAUGGCAUGUUAUAAACCUGAUAUGAAGUUCAGCUAUAUCCAUAAAAGGGACACAAUGUGAAAAUGAACAUCCUGUUGGUUUUUAUGUGUAUUUUAUGUAAAGUUAUUUAAUACAUUUAUUUUAAGCAUUAUAAAAAUAUGUCAGUAUGUAUUCUAUUGAACUGUGUAUCUUUUUCAAUCAAUGACAGUGAUUCCAUGAGAAAUUAUAUUUUAAAAAGUUUCCUAAGUAGUUCUCAAAUAAAGAAAGCCCUCUUAUGUCAAUAGUUUUUGUAAAACAUUGACACAAUUUUUAUGCCCCCGAAGGAGGGCAUAUAGUGAUUGGACCGUCCGUCCGUCUGUCCGUCACACUUUGCGUUUAGGUUUCGAAAAAAGCUCAUAACUUCUAUGUCCCUUGAGAUAUAACCUUCAUAUUUGGUAUGCAUGUGUAUAUGGACAAGGCCUUUCCAUACGCACAAAAUUUUGACCCCUGUGACCUUGACCUUGAACUUAGGGUCUGCGUUAAGGUUUCGAAAUCUGCGUUUAGGUUUCGAAAAAUGCUCAUAACUUCUAUCAAAGCGUUAAUAGGGGGCAUAUGUCAUCCUACAGUGACAGCUCUUGUUAUUUAUUUUUUAUGUCCUCCGAUCGAAAGAUCGGGGGUAUAUUGUUUUUGGCCUGUCUGUCUGUCAUUCAUUCAUUGUGUGUGUCCCAAAACUUUAAAUUUUGUAAUAUUGAAGAUAGCAACUUGAUAUUUGGCAUGCAUGUGUAUCUCAUGGAGCUGCACAUUUUGAGUGGUGAAAAGUCAAGGUCAUCCGACAAGGUCAAAGGUCAAAUAUCAUUGUAUUUUUCUUUUCUUAAACUUUAUCCUUCGUUAAAGUUUGGUCAUAACUGUUGUAACUGAGUAUUGAAGAUAGCAACUGUUGUAACUAAGUAUUGAAGAUAGCAAUUUGAUAUUUGGCAUGCAUGUGUAUCUCAUAGAGCUGCACAUUUUGAGUGGUGAAAGGUCAAGGUCAUCCAUCAAGGUCUAUGGUCAAAUUUAUGGCUUCAAAGCGGCGCAAUAGGGGGCAAUGUGUUCUGACAAACACAUCUCUUGUUUCGGAUUGGUAUGAUGUUGUUGAUUUUUCCAUUUUUACCCUGUUUUGUAAAUAAAGACUUGCUGAAUACA